AUGGCCGACGCUAUGGAAUUCCCAACCGUAACCAUCUGCAAUUACAGUCCUUUGAACAUUUCAAAAUUACAAAACUUCAGUGAUGUAUACGAUAUCUACCGGCAUAUAGCUAUUGGAAACAAAAUUAAUAUUUCCGAUCCAAAGUACGCUGUUUUACAUGAACCAAGAAACGAGUCCUGGUUGGAAUACACUAGUUACGAUCUUGAAACUAUGAUAUUCAGUUUCGAGUUUGGAGGGAAAAUUGAAAGUCAUAAGCUUUGGGAAAAAAGAAAAACAGACAUUGGUAUGUGCUUUACGUACAAUGGCCCCUCAACGAAUCCUCCCAAAGUAAGCAGGUUAACUGGAAGUAAAAAAGGAUUGUCGAUGUUUGUCAAUUUGGACCAGGUUAAUUAUGUCGUGGGGAGUAACAGGGGCGCUGGAUUACAGGUUGCAAUUCACCACCGAGAUGUUGAGCCAAAUAUAGGAGAUAAAAGCUUUUUUGUUAGUCCUGGUACAGUCACGUAUGUACCGAUAAGGAAAAGCAAGCAUACAUAUUUGCCGAGGCCAUACAAAGCAUUCGGAACAAAUUACUGUACAAAAACUAGCGACCCAGAUUUUCGAAAUCCCUUGAAACAUUAUUCAAGAUACAGCUAUUACGCGUGCCUCAGAGAAUGCCGCUCCAACUUUAUCAUUAAAAGAUGCGAAUGUCGCCUGAUAACAGAAAAGGGUGAGGAAAUCAUCUGUACUAUUGCACAGGAAUUUGAGUGUGCUUUGAAAACAAGAGAUUUUUUUGACAGCAAUCCCGGGCAUCAGGCUGAAUGUAAUUGUCCCUUACCGUGUGAAGAGGUGUACUAUGAAAAAGAAAUCUCGUCGGCCCAAUUUCCCUCCGAGAAAUUCCGAGAAAUACUACAUAGUCUGUAUAACAUUACAAAUAUCAGUACUAAUUAUUUGGAGCUGAAGUUUUAUUACGAUACGUUUGUAACGCACACAAUUGAGCAAGUACCAAAGGUAGACAUAACAAGCGUACUGGGGAAUAUUGGAGGAUAUCUGGGAAUCUUUCUAGGAGCAAGCUUACUGACCAUAACAGAGGUGUUCGAAGUGGUUGUUCUCACAGCCUACGUGUUUCUGAGGCGCAUCUUGAGAAUGGUCAAGUGUUUCCUUAACAAAUCCAACCAAAGAACCAGUAUUGUUACAGCAGAAACUGUCAAGUGA